AUGUUGCGGCAACUCGUCUCGGCGCGGUCCCGCGCCCGCGUGCUGCUGGCCGCGCGGAGCUUCGCGUCGGUGCCCACGGACAUUGCCAAGCUGCGCAACAUUGGCAUCCUCGCCCACAUUGACGCCGGGAAGACGACGACGACCGAGCGCAUGCUCUUCUACUCGGGCGCCAUCACGCGCAUGGGCGAGGUCCACGAUGGCGACACGACCAUGGACUUUAUGCCGCAGAGCGCGAGCGCGGACCACCGCAUCAACCUCAUCGACACGCCGGGCAUGUCGACUUUACCAUCGAGUCGAGCGCGCGUGCGUGUGCUGACAUUCAACGUCGUCGCGCUUCCAAUCCAGAUUCCGAUGGGCGAAAACAGUGAUUUUUACGGCGUCGUCGAUAUCAUCACCAUGGAAAUGCUCACGUGGCACGGCGACGACGGCGAGCAAGUCCGCCGGCUGCCUCUCCUCCCGGUGACAGGCAACGAGAAAAUGCAAGCACUCUACGCCAAGGCGGCGGCCGCGCGGGCUGCGUUGGUCGAGAAAGCCUCGGAUUUUGACGACGUCCUCGGCGACCUUUUUCUUAUGGAAGAGCAAGUCGAUGACGCAACGCUCAAGGCUGCAUUGCGCCGCAUCACGGUGCGCAAGCCCGACGACGCGCCGCGAGCGGUUUUGACCCUCUGCGGCAGUGCGCUCAAAAACAAGGGGGUGCAGCCGCUCUUGGACGCCGUCGUCGACUACUUGCCGUCGCCCGCCGACCCGUCGAGCUCGCCCUUUGAGGCGACGCAGAUCGACAAGAACCACACGGUGCUUAAGACGCUUGAAAAAGAGGCCGACGCUUCGAGCCCGCUCUCGCUCCUCGCUUUCAAGGUCAAGCACGACCGGCAGCGCGGCCCGAUUGUGUUUUUCCGCGUCUACUCGGGCACGCUCAAUGCCAAAGCGCAGCUGCUCAACACGACGCGAAAUGCCAAGGAGCGUAUCACGCGCCUCAUGCAGGUGGCGGCCGACGACGCCGACGAAGUCGAGCUCAUCACGGCUGGCAACAUUGGCGCCGCCGUCGGACUCAAGAACACGUUUACGGGGGAUACGCUGAUUGCGGCCAGCGACAACACGCGUCUCCUGCUGCCCGGUGUCGAGAUCCCAGCGCCGGUCUUUACCUGCUCGAUCGAGUCGGACUCGCUGAGCCGCCAAAAAGAGCUCGACGAAGCGCUCCAGCAUCUGCAGCGCGAAGACCCGAGCUUUGUGGUGACGCAAGACGAAGAGACAGGCCAGACCUUGAUGAGCGGCAUGGGCGAGCUGCACAUGGAAAUCCUCCAGGAUCGGCUCAAGACCGAGUACAAGCUCAACCCGUCCGUCGGCAAGAUGCGUGUCGCGUAUCGCGAGUCGAUCUCGGCCACCGUUGACCACGAGUUUCGGUACGAUACGAUGCUGGGCACCGACCGGCAGUUUGCCAAGGUGUCGUUUACGCUGGCUCCGAUCGACCCCGAGUCGUCCAAGGACGGCACGAACCGCAUCAAGUGGAAGAAGUCGGACUCGAAGGACGCGUCGCUCUUCCAAAAGCUGCCGCAUGGCUUUGUCCAAGCGAUCGAAGACGGGUUCCAGAGUGGUUUUGGCCGUGGUCCGCUCACGGGCCACCGCCUGGCAUACCUCGAAAUUACCGUCGACGCGGCCAACUGCGAGUACGACAACGACUCGUCCGCGCAAGCGUUCCGGUCCUGCGCGUCGCUAGCGCUCAAGGAGGCGAUCGAGCUCGCGAUGCCCGUGCAACUCGAGCCGAUGAUGGCGCUCCUCGUGCGGACGCCGGAUCGGUGCGUCGGUGACAUCCUCUCGGACUUGAACUCGCAGCGCCGAGCACACAUCCAAGAAGUUGGACUUUGCCCGUCCAUGCGCGUCGGCCGGAGUCGCAUCGACGCCCACGUGCCGCUGGCCAACAUGGUGGGAUACGCCACGGCGCUGCGCUCCAAGACGCAAGGCGAAGCGGACUUUAGCAUGCAGUUCCUCAAGUACUCGCCCGUGCUGUAA